CGCUUGUGGAACAUUAGUUGUAUUGAAACUUGGUACUUGCUUUGUUAUGAAUGUACCUACUUCAAUUCGUACGCAGAGUCUCAAAAUUCUCCAUCUUUCAUUCUGUCAAACUUAAAGACGACAACUCUAUCUAUAGGCUCAUUCGUGGCUGCCCUUUGUUGAAUGAAUUGAGUAUGGCGGGAUGCAUUGGAAAAGAAGCACGUGUUAUUCGCAUUUUUGCACCAGUAUUUACAAAGUUGUCCAUAAAACAUUAUGAUCACGACACUUAUGAGAUUGUUUUGGAUACCCCAGGCCUGCUCUACCUAGAACUUGAUGAUGAUGUAAAAUCAGUACAAGGUUAUUUAGUGAAGAACCUAUCUGGUCUCAUCAAAGUCGAGAUUAACGUUGGAGGUCCCUUUGGUAUGGAAUCCCAUGAAAUUAUUUCUAAGGCUGUUACUGACCUUCUCGUGGGGAUAUCCAGAGUCCAACAUCUAGUCCUUCAGUGGAGAUUCAUUGAGGUUCUUGACAAGUGUAAUUACCGCCUGCAAUCAAUGUUUCAUCAGAAAAUUGGUCUAAUCCAAAAGCAAAGAUUACCGGAAUACUAUCUUGAUUAUAAGAUACUAGAAACAUAUCGUUUCUUGCUUUCAGCUAGCAAAUACUUGUCGUUGUUCGGCGUAGAGAACAGGCUGGUUGCUGUGGCAAUGACGCAUCCAAUGGCUGUAUCAAAUUGCAAUAUAGAUGUGGAGAGCUUGAUUUUGGAUCAAAAUAGAAGCAUAGCUACUCUAGCCAUCACCACUCUAGAUCUGCUGUAA